AUGGCUUCUCGAAAGCGGAACGAGUUCCUCGAUAUCGACGAGAGUGACAACGAUCAGAGCGAUAAUGGCUACGACUCCGAAGCUGCAGAGGAAUCGAAAACUCGCGCCUCGAAACGACGGAAAAUUCUAGAUAGCGAUAACAAUCUCUCGGAUUUGGAAGACGAUGACAAUGAUCUUGAAGCAAGCGCUGACGAGCAAGAAAAAUCGGUGCACGACGACGAUGACGAUAAUCAUGAGAAAGGAUCCUCAAAGACACAUAACGAAAAAUUGCUCAAAAAACCACUCAAAGUCAAGCCACCCAAAAAGAACAAAACGGGCGUCGUAUACCUCUCCUCUUUACCACCAUAUUUGAAACCAAUGGCCCUCAAAACGCUACUUAUUCAGCGCGGGUUUGGACCUAUUACGAAAGUUUUCUUGACUCCUGCUGUACAUUCGACGAGUGGAAGCGGGAGACGCAAUAAUAAGCGCAAAACAUACUCCGAUGGAUGGGUGGAGUUUGAGUCGAAGAAGACGGCGAAGAUAUGCGCGGAGACACUCAAUGCGAAUAUUGUUGGUGGGAAGAAGGGGGGCUGGUAUCAUGAUGAUAUCUGGAAUAUGAAGUAUCUACGGGGCUUCAAAUGGGCAGAUCUGAUGGAGCAAGUACAACGAGAACGAUCUGAGCGCGAAGCUCGACAGCGUAUCGAAGAUAUGCGUGCUCGCAAGGAAGAUAAAGUAUUUCUCUCUGGCGUUGAGAAGGGCAAAGUUGUGGAGGGGAUUCGGAAGAAGAGAGAAGAGAAAAAGAAGGCGAAAGCCAAUGAUGGUGAUAAUGAUGCGAGUGCUGCAGAUGAUUUGCAGAUUCGUCGGGUAUUUAGGCAGAAUGAAGUCAAGCUGAGGAAAGAGGAUGAAGAUAUUGGUACUAUUGGGGCAGAUGCGAAGAGAGUUCUUGGGAAGAUUUUCUAA